CGGGUCAUAACAAAGUCCACCGUCUUAUUACUUUGUAACCGAUUACAUAUAAAAAAAAAAGACUAACAGUCAUGUCCGACUGCAGUGAACGACAAGCUGAUAUUUCACCCAUUAACCAACCUUGUUAGCGUUUAGCGGGACCUAAGGAGGAAUAUCGUAACACAGGAGACGCUUUGCAUCAGCAAAUUUAACAAACCAAACAUGAAGGUCCUGAAUGCAGAAGAGCUGCGGGUUGCUGAGGGACUUUUGUUCAAGCAUUUACCGAAAAGUUUAAAGGUGUAUGGAUUCUUACACGGCAUAAACAAGAAUAAAGUAAAUACAGUGGAUGUUGUUGUUGAUACGUGGCCUGAUUUUAAGGUCAUCAUUUGUCGACCAGAUCUCAAGAACCCUCAUGCACGACGGCUCAGGAAAAAAGUGUCAUACUACAGCACAGAUGAACAGAUACUGAGAAGAAUGUUGACAGAGGAGAACUCACUUGACUGGAGCACUUAUUUUAUGGUGGGAGGAUUUGAUCUCACCCAUGCCACCUUGUUAAAAGACGUGUCCUCUGCCCGGGGUGUCAAUGCCCAGCUCUGCUGCGUGGUGCAUGCUAUGUACCUGCCAGACUGCAGGACUUUGCCCCCAGUAGAAAUUGAAAGUGAACUCCAAUCAAGGAUUUCAUCUCUUAAUGAUUCCCAUGUUGAGUUAGUGAACAGCACAUGGAAGUUUGGAGGGGACGAGGUGGGCUAUUGGACCAUAAAGAAUCUCAUCAGCAACUUCCCAUCCUGCUGCAUCACUGACGACCAGGGUCAGCCAGUGUCCUGGAUUCUUGUGUAUAACUACUGUGCCAUGGGCAUCUUAUACACUCUGCCUGAGCACAGACGGAAGGGUUAUGCUAAAAUCGUGAUCAGCACCCUGGCCAGGAAGCUGCAUGCUGAGGGCUACCCAGUGUACUGCUUCAUAGAGGAAGACAAUGAGGUGUCAUACAGGCUCUUCAAAAAGAUGGGCUUUACUGAUGAUCCCUCAUACAGGGCAGCCUGGUUUGAGUUCAACUUUUGAGGUGCUCUUCAUCCAGAGAUGGGCAUAAAUUCACGAAAACAUAACUUUCAAAAAAAAAAAAAAAAAAAAAAAACAACUACAAAAGUAUCUUGUCUCAAAUUACAAAUACCUGCUUGUCAAAUGUAUCAAAAUAAAAAAAUACUAUGAGAUAAUUUAUUUAACUAAAAUACAAGUAAUUUCUAAUUUCAAAAUACAAAAAUACAUUCCAGAUACAUGGAUAGAGAUAUCAUUAAAUUGAUUAGGCCUAUCAGUUGCAGAUUUUGUUUUAAUAUAAUCUUUGUGAACACUGCACUUUUGGUUGCGGUGAAAACCUGCAGACUUUCGGCUCACUAUGGCACAUGGUUUCCUACCCCUGUCUUCGAGGGAGUUUUGCACUAAACACAAAAGCAGCUUGAUUCCUCAAGCUGCUGGUCACAAAAAACACCAAUGAAUUACGGUGGUUCACAAUGAGGAAGUCACUGGAGCUGACAGGACAUGUCAUGUGAUUCACUUGCAUUUAGACAAAGACUAUGAUUAGACUAAUUGUUGAACGUUUUUUUCUAGUUCUAAUUUUUUUCUGUUAAGCAAAAUAUAAAUGACAAAACACUCAAAAUUAAUUAAAUAUGUAUUGUAAAUACAUUUAAUUGAAAUACUGACCAUCUCUGUCUUCAUCCAAGUUAGUGUGUCAAAACUUGUGGACGCUGACCACUAACUUCAAACCUGCUGAUCUAAUGUAAAUGUUAACGCUGUUGCUGUGUCUGUAGUUUGUAAAAUGUUUUACUGGGCAUUAUUCAUGUUCUUUCAAUCAUACAUAAGCAGUGGAAGUAUUGGGAAAAAUGCUUAAUGCUGGAAAGAUUUUCUUUUGAACAAAACUAUGGUUACAAUGUUGAACCAUGGCAAAAAAGUGCUGGAAUUAGGUGUUUUGGUUGUGUGUGUGUGUGUGUGUGUGUGUGUGUG